AUGUCUCAAUCACCGCACCCUGCGAUCCUCAUUCCCGAAAUCAUCGAAGAGAUAUUCGAUAAACUCAGGCCUCAUACAGAAGAGGAAAGCAUCUCUGGUGAAAGCCGGGUGGCGCUUGCGCGUGCGGCACGCGUUUGCAGGGCUUUCCGCGAGCCCGCGACCAGGACACCCCUGACCGGUCUCGCAUCGGUUUAUAUCGAUGCGGCCGUCCCCACCUCGCGGACAAAGGUCAAUCGGUCGUACACCGUGGCGCAGAACACCGCUGCACUUGUACACCCUGGAGAGUGGGAUGUUCUGUACCGCCGUGCGGCGUACACUCGAACCAUCUUCAAAGGAUCGCCGCGCUUUUGCGCCUCAUCGGACGUCCACGUCUUCUUGAGCUACAAAACCAGCGGACGUCCUCUCUUUCCAAACGUGCAGGCUCUGUCAUGGUUCUCGGAGACGCUCAAUCACCUCAGUCUGCUGCCCCUUCUGUCCCCCACCGUACGGAUGCUCAAGCUUAGCUUCGGACGAGGCGUCGACGAGGCGAUACCAAUGCAUCUUAUGUGGCGGUGGGUGCUGCUGAACCAGAAUCAGCCUGACGCGACCGAGGGGAUCAUCAUAGAUCAGCUUCUACAAACGACCCUUCCCCGUCUUGGUGGACUGGUCGAAUUAGAAGUGCAAGGGUCGGUCUUCGUUUCCCCCAUGCAGGAAUUGGAGUCGUGGGCCCGGAUCGGCAGCCUCCAAAAUCUGCGGAAGCUGACGCUCGACCACUCCUGUCUUAUCGUCAACCCGGCUUACCUGCAGCAUCUCGCGGCGCUGCCCGUCCUGGUGGAACUCUCGCUGCACCUCAUAUGUGACGGGGCCACCGUACAGACUAGUUUCCCCGGCUUUUCCGCCCUCGAAAAGCUCACGCUGGACGUGUACGCACGCUCCCACGAGGGCAUCCUCGAUUCCUUUAUCUCACCGGGCCUGCACACACACUCUGCCAGUGUCAGGCUCGAGUACACUGCUCAAGCUGCUAUGCCCGCCAUCGUCAACGACAUUGCCCGCGCAUACCCACAUAUCCGUUCUAUCUCGCUCAAAGAACACUCUAGACAAAGCUCUGAAGCGCCCUCUACAAUCCCCUCGUUCGAUGCAGUCUUCGGGCGGCUCGCACAGCACGCGGACGUCGAGGAGUUCGUCCUGCACACCCGCUACGGCAUGUCCAUCUGCACCGCGCGAGACAAGGACUUCUCGCGCCUUGCGCAGAGCUGGCCGCGCCUGCGCCUCUUCAGCUUCCUCUCCGCGCCGUUUGGCGCACAGCCCUCGCACCACGCCGUGCUCGCGUUCGCGCAGCACUGCCCCGCCCUGCGCACGCUGCACCUCCGUGGGGUCGACUUCAGCGGGCUCACGAAGGAGACUGUCCGGGCGCUCCCUGUGUCGUCGACGCACACAUUGGAGGAAUUCGGCGUGCUCUUUCCGGCGCUGCGUGUGCCAACGAAGCAGCCGUGGAUGUGCCCGUCCUGCCCCGUGCAACGUCAGAACGGCUGUACAACGCUCCGCGCGAACGUCCCCCACGGGGGCGAGGCGUUGAUCGGGGAAGUCGGCGAGGAUCUGCAGGGCGCGCAGGACCGUAUUGAGUAG